AUGUCUCAACCACUUCCACCUCUGCAGCCUCCUCCUGCUCCUCCUGCUCCUACUAACACUACUACUGCUCCACCAGCCAGUAAAUGGAUUCAACCCGAAAAUGAUGAGAGUGACAGUGACCAAGUUGGACUUGUUCCUCAUAACAGAGGCUAUAAACAUAUCCUUUUUUUUUCUUUUUCAAAAAUAAAUACUAACUCUAGUAGAAAUAGUGGAAACAAACUACGCGCACCAAAGACACUCGCUGAAGAGUCAGAGUUUUCCAAGUUUGGUAAAACGAGAACAGUAGUCAAAAGAAAGAGAAAGAGACUAGAAGACGGCAUUUCAGAUGAAGAGGACGAUCCUUAUACACUCAUUAAUAUUGAAGAUAUCCUUAGUCCAAUUGAGUUACCAACAGACAUUGUGCGCAGACCAGCUUUACGAAGAAUUCUGCUUUCUACACAAAUAGAUUCACUAGCAAAGACGUCCAUGGAGUUUAUUGAAGGUGAAAAGAACUUUAACAAGAUUUUAUGUCGUCUAUCAUCCAUUAUGCAUCAAGAUGACCCUCGCUAUCUUGACUUGAGCUUUGAUCGUACGCCUGAACAACGUCAGAAAUACAAAGAAGACCAAGAAGCAGCAGCAGUAGCAGCUACCGCAUUAUCUCAUGUUAGUAGUGAUGCUGUUGAUGCAUUGGAUCCUAAAGCAUUAGAUGCUGAUAAAAGACAUGAAGAACAUAAAGAAGAGGAACAAGAAGAGCCAGAACAACAGCAACAAGAAGCAGAACAGCAACAGAUGUCUGAAAAAGAACAAGAAAAACAAGAACCAAUCUUACAAGAAGAUGUAGAUAUGAACAUUGACACGGAAGCAAGGGAAGUAGUCAAAAGAGUCAAAGAAUUAUUGCUGGAAAAUAUCAACUAUAGCAACGAAUACAUUGCUCGUCUCCAAUGUGCACGUAAUAAACUGUGUAAAGCAAGUAUGCAGAAAGAGACAUUAUGGAAAGAAUUAAAAGCAAGCGCAAGGGAAGAAGACAAUAGGAAUAAAGCAGCUUAUCAUCAUUAA